AUGAGAAUCUCUACUCUGUCCCUUUUCGGUCUCCAGGCCGCUCUGGGCCAUGCUCAGGAAUCUUGCAAUGCCGCCUGUCAAGCAGCCUUUCGACCAGCUGUCGCGGCCGAGAUUGGCUCUAUGGUCUCAAAGAACGUAUCCUCCGAACCAUUCUACAGCACUCCUGCCAAUGUCACUGGUGCCAAACCUGGUGAUUCCAUAGUAAACACCAACAACUUUACUAUACCUUCUGGAAUGUCUCUUUCCCGUUUCCUCUACAUGACCGAGGAUAUCGACCGAAAGCCUAUUCCCGCCAGUGGAUUUGUGCUUCUGCCCUACAGCAGGCCCGAUCCAAGCAAGCCGUUGAACACCAUCGUGUGGGCACAUGGUACAGCAGGAUUCACGAGAAACUGUGCGCCUUCCAAUCAUAAAGACCUGUACUACGAAUGGCAGGGACCCUACUACCUCGCACAGGCUGGAUAUGCUGUUAUCGCUCCAGACUACGCUGGCCAGGGAUCAGAUAUCCCUCAGGGCUUUAUGUACGAGGCUGGCUUUCUGCACGCCGCUGACGUUGCUUACAGCCUAGUCGCUGCCCGUAAAGUUAUUGGAAACCUCCUCUCCCAAGACUAUGUUGUCAUCGGCCACAGUGAGGGAGGCAUGACUGCAUGGAGGACCAAUGAGCGACUUGGAAUGCCCAACCAGGACGAACUCAAGAGGGCAGGCAACUUUCUCGGCUCUGUUGCAAACUCACCGGCACUCCGUCCUCUCGACCUGAUCUCUGAAUCUGUCCGACGAGCAAACGGUGGACCUAUUGGUGAUGCAGUAUCCGUCUUCUUUUUGCAGUCGCUUGCUGGGCUCUUCCCCAAGGAGUUCCGUAUUGAAGACCACCUUACACCCCUUGCGCUAGCCCGAGUUCCUCUUGUCAACCAAGGCUGUAUCUUUGCAGGCCGAUCCCUCUUCGCAGGCCUGACUGGCGCGCAGCUAUUCAAGAGCCUUGACUGGCUUAAGCUUCCCGUAGUCGUCGACUGGCAGAAACGUUUCAGUGGUGCCGGACCACAUGCCCUCGCUGCGCCAAUGCUGGUUGUUCAAGGCAUCACUGAUGCGCUUACUUACGCCAACAACACCGAGUGGGACUUUAACCAGACUUGCUCAUCUUUCCCUAAUACCAAGGCUACCCUCUUGCUUUACCCUGAUUCGAACCACGACGUUACCAACAACGCAGCAAUAGUUGAUUCCAUGAGGUGGAUUCAGGACCGCUUCAACGGCGUGCCAGUCGAGGAUGGCUGCCAUAAGAAGACUAUCCAGACACUUACCACAAGGCUCCGAAACAUCAACACCUCCUACAACGGCACCGCCUAG